UUUUUGGCCGCACUGGGUCUUCAUUGCUGUGCACGGGCUUUCUCUAGUUGCAGCAAGCGGGAGCUACUCUUCGUCGUGGUGCGCAGGCUUCUCAUUGCAGUGGCUUCUCUUGUUGCCGAGCACGGGCUCUAGGCGUGCAAGCUCAGUAGCUGUGGCUCAUGGGCUCUAGAGCACAGGCUCAGUAGUUGUGGCGCACGGGCUUAGUUGCUCCGUGGCAUGUGGGAUCUUCCCAGACCAGGGCUCAAACCCAUGUCCCCUGCAUUGGCAGGCGGAUUCUUAACCACUGCGCCACCAGGGAAGCCCCUGGAAGCUUAACUUUUAAACUGUUUUUUAUGUAUGAUAUAUAUUUAUCUUUUCUGCAGUAAGAGAAAUCAUUUCUUUAUUUUUAUGACAUAAAUGUUUUCCAUUGUGCAUUGUGUAUUGUGUUAUCAGGUUUGCUGAUUUCCAAGAAUAGCAGGCAUCUCCUUUUUGAGAAUUACUAUAGCUGAGCUGGAUUCUCUGGGGAGAAAAACUUUUGUUGUUACAGAUGGGCAAACUCAUAGAAAGUUUCAGGGGUCUCAACCAAGGUAGCACAGAUGAAAAUGCGGCCUGAAAAUCCUGCGUAAUGGUUGUUCACUUCACAACUCAUUCAUUCCAAAUGUAAAGUCAGAAUGGACAAAGUAUGAUUAUCAUACUGCAUCGACGUAACCCCUUUCACGUUUCAGUACCUACUGACUUUGCCAAAGAAGUUACAAGAAUUGGUGGAGAACAGAUAAGUGCCAUCGGACGGGGCAUCUGUGUGUUGCUGGGUAUUUCCCUGGAAGAUACACAGAAGGAACUGGAGCACAUGGUCCGGAAGAUCUUAAACCUUCGUGUGUUUGAGGAUGAAAGUGGGAAACACUGGUCGAAGAGCGUGAUGGACAAACAGUAUGAGGUGCUGUGCAUCAGCCAGUUCACCCUGCAGUGCGUCCUCAAGGGGAACAAGCCCGACUUGCACCUGGCGAUGCCCUCAGAGCAGGCAGAGGGCUUCUACAAUGGCUUCCUGGAGCAGCUACGCAAGGCAUACCGGCCGGAGCUUGUCAAAGACGGCAAGUUUGGUGCCUACAUGCAAGUUCACAUUCAGAAUGAUGGGCCUGUGACCAUUGAACUGGAAUCUCCGGCUCCUGGUGCUGCUACCUCCGACCCAAAGCAGGCAAGGGCAACAAAAGCAAAAAUAAACAAAUUGGACUACAUCAAACUAAAAAUCUUUUGCAUAGUGAAGGAAGCUAUCAGCAAAAUGAAAAGGCCACCUACUGAAAAGGAGAAGAUAUUUGCAAAUGAUAUCUCUGAUAAGGGGUUAAUAUUCCAGAUUAUAUACAGAAACCAUACAGCUCAAUAUCAACAAAACAAACAAUCCGAUUAAAAAAUGGGCAGAGACCCUGAAUUGACAUUUCUCCAAAGACAUAUAAACGGCCAAUAGACACAUGAAAAGAUGCUCAACAUCACUAAUCAUCAGGGAAAUGCAAAUCAAAACCCCAAUGAGACACCACCUCACACCUGUCAGAAUGGCUAUCAU